CUUGUCCUUAGUCGGACAGUCGCGCAACCUCUCGUCAAAACAAAGGUCAGAAAUCGCUUAUUUUUGUCUUUUGUUGGAUGGUUUGAGUGAAAGAAUGGAGAGCGACAGCACGGGUUAAUUCACUGCCAGAGUUGACGGUAGUUCACAGAGGAUACGCGCCUGUGUUUGGACAUAUCUGGACCUGUUUCGUGUGCCAUGUGGAAGUAAUACAUAUUCCCAGCAGCUGCCAUGCUAGCCACACAGAUGCCAGAAAUGCCACCUGAGGCUAAAGAUGUCAAACAGAUUAAAGAGAGGUUGGCACAGUCACUCAAGGCCCUGCAGAAGCGAUAUGUGUCAACAGAUGCAGUGGUAACCAGUGAAGAUGGUGAUGCUAACUUGCUCUGUUGUGCCCUGGAGGCCAUCUUCAUCCAUGGCAUCAAGAGCAAAUACAUCCGCUCAGUGGCAGCGGGUCGGGUCAGGAAGGGAGAUCGGGGACCCCUCCCUCAGCCUUUCUUCUGGAGCCUCCUUAAAUCUGUCACCCACCGUGAUGUUAUCAAGGAGCUAGAGAAGAUCAGCUUUUUGGGAACAGACGUGGGUCGUUGCCGAGCAUGGCUGCGUCUGGCCCUCAACCACGGCCUGCUGGAGUGCUACCUCGCAUCGCUGUUCCGUGAGGACUCCAAGCUGCGUGCCCACUAUCAGCCCAGUGCCUUGCUCUUAAACCCUGAGGAGCGGGAAGUUCUGCUCAGCUAUCUCCAAGGUCUGGCCUCACUUACAUUCAGCCUGUCUUACAAGUCAGCCGUUCUCAAUGAAUGGACCACGACACCCUUGGCUCUCGCUGGACUCUGCCCCUUGUCCCAGGCAGAUGCACUCGACCUGUCCAUUAAUGGCAAGGACCUUCCCAACUCCAACUCCCAAUGUAAAGAAUCAUGGGAUACAGUGUCCCAGUCAUCAGGCUCAUCAGAUGCCCUGGAUAUGCAGAGAGGGUGCCCAGUGUUGAUGGCGAAGGGGCCAAAUGCUUUGCAAGGGAGUAGGACUGCGUUAAACUCUUCUAAUUUAAGUCUGGAUACCACAGGCUCCUCUCAGCUCUCCUCCAGCUUGAGCUCAGAUAGCCUUCUGCAGGGGCAGGAACCCCGCAGCCUGACAGGAGAGCAGUGGUUGUCAUGUGACCUGGACCUGCCCAGUGUAAAUAUCAGCAAGAGGCCACAGAAAGAUUCACUGACUGGGGAGAGUGGGCAGUGCAGUCAAGACUCCAUGCGUGAAGACUCCUUUGUCUCAAGCACAGGACCAGAUCAGUUUUCAGAAACGGCUGUUUUCAGUGGUUCUGACAGUGAGACCCAGGAUCCCCCUACACCAUCCCAAGACCUUAAAGACCAGCCCUUGAACCACAUUCACUCUGAUUCACUGCCAUCAACAACUUCUGUUGAUUUGCUGUCGUCUGUUGAGGACCACGUCAGCCACACUCCGUCUAAUGUGUGCAAAGAAACCUCUAUGGCAUCACACUUGAACUCUGACGUGUUCUCCCCAGUCGAUGAGCCUUUAGAGUCUGUGGAGGCAGUAAAUGCAGCUGAUGUUAAGGAGAGUAAUGAGCCUGUCCACAGUGUUCAGGGAGAGAAAGAUGAAGAAUGCUUAAAGAAGAGCAAAUCUGAGCCUUCGCUACACCCAGUUGCUCGCCGCUCUUCCAGCAUCCUGAGUAAGAAACUGUCCUCAGAUUCUCUGUCAUGUUCCCGCUCUUGGAUCUCUGAGGAAGAUAUCUACAAGCCUCACAUGGAAGUGGAGUCGGAGCAUGAGGAGGUGCCUCAACCUGCUCUGACACCCGAAGUCGAGGUUUCUCAGUCGCCUCCCAGUGUUGUUCAUCGCAGACAAAUAGGACUGUCCAACCCGUUUCGUGGCUUGCUGAAGCUCGGUCAUCUAGAGAGGCGGGGUGCAAUGGGCUUGUGGCGCGACCACUACUGCGAGCUGUCACCCUUUGAAUUCCGCCUGUAUGUCAAUGCAGAGGAGAGGACAUGUUGCGACAACUGCUACCUUGUGCGCUGCGAGGAUGUUCGCAUCACCUCAUCCGAGGGCCGCUUUGAGGUGGCCUUUCCGGGCAAACGGCUGCACCUCCGCGCAGCCAAUCAUGAUGAAGCUGAGGACUGGGUGGACAGGAUAGUCGAAGCUGUCAACAAAUGCCGGCCAGCAUCUAAUGUUGAUGAGCAGUGGGAAGUCUUGCAACCAACCAGUGAAAAUGGUGUCGAAGAACGCACCUCAUCCCGAUCCUCUGCUCCAUCCAGCCCUGAAAAAAGGCUCAUAACGUCUGACAUAAAGACCGGUGGAGGGAUUGAAGUACCUCCUCCUCUACAGGAGUUCGACUGGACUCGGACUGCUGAUUUGGAAACGGAUGCCAUUAAAGAAGCAGUUUUGUACUUCUCCACAGAUGCUGAUGCUCGGACGUGGGCGCCUCUGAUCUUCUCCCUCUCUUUGGAGGCUUUAAAAGGCUUCCGGACAGAAGGCGGGAGAAAGUUUCUUCAGCUUACUUGUUUGAUUGAGGAAAUCCGGGAUGUGGUGCCUGAUGUGUCCCUGGGAGGACCAGCCUUUUUCAAACUCUUGACUUUAAAGAGUACCCUCAGAUUCAGGGCAGAGAAUGCAGAUGAGGCUCGCAUGUGGAGGGUUUUGAUCCGUGGAGCUCUGGACUCUUACCUGGAGAGUGGAGAGGACGAGUGCUUUACGGAGCCAGUAUGUAUGGGGGUGACUGGAAAUCUCCACAGACUGGUGCAGCACAGAUUAAAAGAAGACGGAGCUCUUUUAGUUCAUCUUUACACCGUGCACUCGGAAAAGGGACUGGACACUCAGAAUUUCAAGUGUGCAGGAUGUCCUCAGCAGAUUGGUCCAUCGCUGGGCAGAGCCAGGCUAUGCGAGUUCUCAGGCCAGCACUACUGUGACUCCUGUCACCACGGUGACACCACCAUCAUUCCCUCUCGUGUGGUGCACAACUGGGACAUCACACAGAGGGAGGUGUCUAGGAAGGCCCUGUGGCUGCUGGCUCAGGUAGAACAGGAGCCUCUGUUGAAUGUGGAGCAGUUAAACCCUGGGUUAGUGAGUCAUUCUGAGUAUAUGGGUCAAGUACACAACUUGCGGCAGAGGCUGCGCCUCCUAGGCGACUACCUGCUCACCUGCCGCAGCGGAGCCUACAAGAAACUUCAAGCCAGAAUUGGGCAGCGGACGUACUUGUUGGAGUCGAGCCAUCUGUACAGUGUCUUGGACCUGAGACAGAUAGCAGACCGUGUAUAUGCAACUCACCUAAUGACACUGUUACAGUUCGCCACCACCCACGUGUUUCAGUGUGACCUGUGCACUCAACGUGGCUUCAUUUGCCAGAUAUGCCACUCUCAUGACACCAUCUUCCCCUUCCAGUUCGACAGUACCACCAGGUGCAAAGAGUGCAAAGCUGUGUUUCACCUGGCUUGUAAGACUCAUGGGAUCUCGUGCCCUCGCUGUCAGCGAAUGAAAAAAUACAGGGAGAGGGAUCUUCAGGACUGAGAGCAGCACGGGCGAUGAGCAGCCCGCCACGGACGACUGUCUUUUUUUUCCAGUAAACCAGAAGGCAGAUAGUGAGGAGAAAAAUGACAUAGAAGUCAAAUAAAGUCUAGCUUUUACAUGAAGUAACCUCAAGUGCAAUUAUGAGUGCAGAGCAACCUGCCCUAAAUGACCCUAACACCAAAGACAGAGGUGUAAGAGGCUCAGUGCUACAGUAGUCGUCAUCUCUUGAAGUAGAUUAGAGGGACAUUGAACCUCAUUAAGCCGACAUAAUGCAGCCAAAUAUUAUUGAAUUGAAUACCUCUCUGAAUUCUGAUUCAGCCACGAAAUCAUAAGGACGACACGGCAAUGAAGGUUACUGCCAUGAAUCGUAUCUGCUGCAUUUUUGUGUGUCUCAUUGUGUCAAAUACAGUCUGAACGCAUCAUGUUUACCGGAGAACGAAUUUGUUGUGGAUGCACAAAGGCAGUUGCAUAUGAGGUUGUAUGGUGUACAGCACUUGACUUGUUCUAAUUAACACAUUUUGAUUGUGCCUUCUUUUUUAUUUAAGCAUUACACUACUCUUCUCUGGUCUAAUGUGGGACCAAAACGCAUCACAUGGACUUUUUUUAAAAUUGUCAUAAGUGAAAGGUGAAGAGACACCAUCACCAACAUUUUGUGGCCUUUUUUUCUUUUGUUUUAGCAUAUUUAACCUUAGUCUGGUUUUAACUAAAGGUGAUAUGACUUGAGGUACAGCUCUGCGUUUGAAAGGAUUUCGAUUUUGGGUGAGCCCCACUGAGAGAAGUUAUAAAUUUGCUAAUGGGGAAAAAAAUGCAAACAUAUUGGACCAAAUCAAACAUUAUUGGGAGGAAGGAAAUUCCUGGAUUCUGAAGUCAAAACACAUUUUGCAUCUUUGCACUUCGCUACGACUGUUAAAUGGAUAUUCCAACCACACUGUUUUUGGAUUAUCCUCCAGCACAUGAAACGAUGCAGUGAGAUUUUUUUUUAAUUCUUUUAUGUUUCACCUUAUGAACAUUUAACUCAUUAACUCUAAUGUAGAACAUGAAGGAUUAUAUUAAAUCGGAAAAAUCAUUGAAGGUAUACUUAUUAAAUCAAUUUUGCAACUGAUAAUUACAGAAUACUGCAGCUGUUUUUUUUGUUUCAUUUAGUUUGUAUGAUAUAUACAGUAAAUGAGCAUUCUUGAAUAAAAGUCAGUGUGUGA